GACAGAAUCAAAAUGGUCGUAUUUUAAAAGAAAGCGAAGUCGGAUUUUAACAGGCCCCACUUGCUCGCACUCCCCUCUCUUCUUUCUUCUUCUCAGUGCCUCAGCAAGAGUAUAGUUUGCAGAGAGAAAAAUGGAGAAGGAUAUAAGGGAGGUGGUGGUCUCAGCUUUGCAAUUCGCUUGCACCGAUGACGUCACCACUAACGUUGCAACAGCGGAAAGGUUGGUUAGAGCUGCUCAUGCAAAGGGUGCAAACAUCAUUCUUAUACAGGAACUUUUUGAGGGACAUUACUUCUGUCAGGCACAAAGGGAGGACUUCUUUCAGCGAGCAAAGCCUUACAAAGAUCAUCCAACAAUUCUUAGGAUGCAAAAAAUUGCAAAAGAGUUGGGUGUGGUAAUACCAGUUAGCUUCUUUGAAGAGGCAAAUAAUGCCCAUUACAACUCAAUUGCCAUUAUUGAUGCUGAUGGGGCAGAUCUUGGACUUUAUAGGAAAUCUCACAUCCCAGACGGACCAGGCUACCAGGAAAAGUUCUACUUCAAUCCAGGUGACACUGGAUUCAAGGUUUUCAAGACCAAGUUUGCCACAAUUGGAGUUGCAAUUUGCUGGGAUCAGUGGUUUCCUGAGGCAGCCCGAUCUUUGGUUCUUCAAGGUGCAGAGAUAUUGUUUUACCCUACUGCUAUUGGUUCUGAACCUCAAGAUGGAGGACUUGAUUCUAGGGAUCACUGGAGGCGAGUAAUGCAAGGGCAUGCUGGGGCUAAUGUGGUCCCUGUAGUAACUUCAAAUCGCAUAGGGAAAGAGGUAAUUGAGACCGAGCAUGGAAAGAGUGAGAUCACAUUUUAUGGUAACUCUUUCAUUGCAGGACCCACUGGAGAAAUUGUUGCAACUGCUAAUGAUAAAGAGGAAGCUGUACUAGUAGCAGAAUUUGACCUGGACAAAAUCAAAUGGAAGAGACAUAGUUGGGGAGUAUUCCGUGAUCGACGCCCAGAUUUAUACAAGGUGCUACUGACAUCAGAUGGCAGCAAUUCCCCGUUGUGAUGAUGCCCCUUACCUCUUACUGCUAUGCAUGUUGUAGAAUUAAUAAAGGAAAUACUUCAAAACCCAUCACUAUCAUGCACUAAAUUUCAGAAGUACAGUGGUCCUACCCGGAUUACUAACAGGGACCUCAAUGGCAUGACUAGAAAAUUUAGGAGUACUUUAGAGGAAGAAAUUAUUUCAAGUGAAGCACUACUGGGUGAUCAUUUAUAAUUGGUAGUCUCUACACAAUGGAUUGUGUUAAACUCUUAUUUACCUUGCCAAGUCAAACUUUUAAUUCCAAUCUAUUUCUUCAAUGUA